CACAUGGAGAAUAUCAACAAUGUGACAGAGUUUAUUCUGCUCGGACUUACAGAGAAUCCAAAAAUGCAGAAAAUUGUAUUUGCUUUGUUUCUAAUGAUCUACAUCUCUACUGUGGUAGGAAAUGUACUCAUUGUGGUCACCAUCAGUGCCAGCCCAUUACUGGGAUCACCCAUGUACUAUUUCCUGGCCUAUCUCUCUUUUAUUGAUGCCUGCUAUUCCUCCGUCAGUACUCCCAAACUGAUCAUAACUUCCCUCAGUGAAAAGAAAACCAUCCUAUUCAGUGGGUGCAUGGCCCAAGUCUUUUGGGAACACUUCUUUGGAGGGUCUGAGGUCAUCCUGCUGGCUGUGAUGGCCUAUGACCGCUAUGUGGCCAUCUGCAAACCUUUGCACUAUACAACCAUCAUGAACUGGAGGGUCUGCAACCUGCUGAUGGGAGUGGUCUGGACAGGUGGUUUACUUCAUGCAACCAUACAGCUCCUCUUCAUCAUCCCAUUACCCUUCUGUGGGCCAAAUGUCAUUGAUCACUUCAUGUGUGAUUUGAGUCCCUUACUUAAUCUUGCCUGCACUGAUACUCACACUCUAGGGCUCUUUGUUGCGGCCAACAGUGGGUUCAUCUGUCUGUUAAAUUUUCUUAUCCUCAUGGCUUCCUAUGUCUCCAUCCUGUGCUCCCUAAGGAACCACAGCUUGGAGGCAAGGCGCAAGGCUCUCUCUACUUGCAUCUCCCACAUCGUGGUGGUUGUCUUAUUCUUUGUGCCUUGUGUUUUUGUGUAUAUGAGACCUGCAGUUACUUUGCCUAUUGAUAAAGCUGUUGCUGUGUUCUAUACUAUGAUAACGCCCAUGCUAAAUCCCUUAAUCUAUACCUUGAGAAAUUCCCAGAUGAAAAAUGCCAUUAGGAAAUUGUGUAGUAGAAAGCGACUUCAGGUGACCCUAAAUGAGUCUUAG